CCGGCACACUCUCAGUCGCUCCGACUCGGGAACCAGGGCAUCAGCGGAGAUAGCAGGCUUUACUUCGCGGUCUUAGGCUAACUCGCUUUGGGCUUUGGUUCAGGAUGGAAACCUCUACUUUUUCUCGGAGCCGACGAUGCUCCAUCAUGCGCAGCUGCAAAAGCGGUCUCUCCCUCUGGCUGGUGGUGUGGCUAGUCCUUGGUAAGCCAAGUCCGGCAUCGGCAUGUCCGCACCUGUGUGUGUGCUAUCCGACGCCGAUGACUGUGAGCUGCCAGGCGCAGAACUUCACCGCUGUUCCUGUCGGAGUGCCGUACGAGUCGCAGCGCGUGUUUCUCCAGAACAACAGGAUCACGGAGCUUAGAGUUGGCUCUUUUGGCUUCGGAACUCAGGUUCUGUGGCUGUUUUCCAACAACAUCACGUGGAUUGAGGCAGGGGCCUUUAGUGAGCUGAGGGACUUGGAGGAGUUGGACCUGGGGGAUAACCCUAACCUCCACAGGUUGGAGGGGGGAGCCUUCCGUGGCCUUGAGAAGCUCCAGAGCCUCCACAUGCACCGCUGCCGGCUCACUGCCCUGCCCCAUGACAUCUUCCACAAGCUUUACAGUCUGCAGUUCCUUUAUCUGCAGGAGAAUAAUCUUCACUUCCUGCAGGAUGACAUCUUUUCUGACCUCAUCAACCUGAGUCAGCUGUUCCUGCAUGGCAACCGUAUCCGUACCCUUUCAGAGAACGUGUUCCGCGGCCUGGUCAACCUCGAUCGCCUUCUCCUCCACGACAACCGCAUCAGACAGGUGAACCGCCGGGCCUUCCGUGACCUUGGCCGCCUGACAAUGCUCUUCCUCUUCAAUAACACUCUGGCUGAGUUGCCCAGCCAGACUCUGAGGGACACCCAGGGCAUCGAGUUCCUCCGCCUCAAUGCCAACCCCUGGUCUUGUGGCUGUGAGGCCCGUGCCCUGUGGGAGUGGUUCCGUGAGGCCCGUGUCUCCUCAUCUGAAGUCAUCUGCUCCUCCCCUUCCACCCGUCGUGGCCAGGAUCUCCGCUUCCUUCGUGAGAUGGACUUCGCCCUCUGCCCUUUGCCUGACCCUGGCUCCAUUGCCGGCUCCACCACCACCACCUUCAGCACCAAGACCCGCUGGUGGUUCCACAAGAACAAGCCCCAGUCAUCCACUAAAGGUGUCUUCGAGAAAGCCUCAGAGACUGUAAAGGCCGGUUUGUACGGAAAGGGCCCAUCAACAAUCACCUCAGCAGUCAAGUAUGAGCUGGGAGAGGAUGAGCUGGCACUGCCCAAACUCGAGCAAGAAGAGUACUGGGAAAACUAUGGCAAUGAGGACUCAGGUGUCACCCUGCGGUGCUUUGAGCUUGAAUGUCCACCUGAGUUCGACCUGCCUCCAUCUUCCUCCUCUCCCAGAUCCUCCUCACCCUCUUUUCUUUUACUACUAGCCCUUUCUGUUUUCACCCUCUGCCUCAACCUCCACCUGCUAUUCGGCUGAAUCUGACUCUUAGUACCACACCCCUACCCUUCCAGCCUGUUUUAAAGGCUGUGAGGAUCCCUGUUAGACUUUCUACACCCCCUUUGCCCGCUUUGCUGUAAGCAAAUCCUCAAGGCACAGCAAGGGAGAUGGGGGGACGGUUAGAUUUGAAAUCUACCAACUACAGGGCUUAACACUUUUCAGGGCUGCUAAGAGUUCUUCAGCUAAGGUAUAUAUUUAUCUACAAUGCUCUGCAGGUAUGGCUUUCUCUGCCUUACCUGUAUGAUGUCAUGUUAUGAUGCCCUGUAAUCAGGGCUACGAGGGCUGAGUCCAUCUCUAGUACAAACGCAAUUUGAUAGCAGCUGUGAAUGAUGUUGUCAAUUCUGUCACCUCAACUUAUUUAAAACUACUAGUGCUUUUAGUGCAUCCAAUUAACUGGUUGCUGCAAAUGCUACAAUUACUGUUAGAAUCAGUGCACAGUAAUGAAAAUACUGUAACCACUUAAAGUGUCAUGUAAAUAGUUAUGUGUACUGUGAGUGUUCAAACUAAUAUCUGUGGUUCAUCACAAUCAUGUUCAUCUUGAUCCAGAAAAACUGUGAAGGCUUGUGCUUCUACAGGACAGAGCACCAGGCGCAAAAUGAAGUUGAGGGCCUUAGAGCGAGAGAGGAGAAAGGGAAACAAAACUGUGAGGCUGAGAGGGAGCAAAAGGAACGAGAGAGAGAUGCACGGACGUCAUAGAAGAGGGAAGGGAGACAAAAUGGCAGUGAGAGGAGGGGAGGAGAUUUCAAAGGAAACAGCUUUAGAAAGAAGAAGAUGUGGGUGGAGAUGGGAGUGUUCAGGCAGCAAUAAGAAAAGAAGCAGAAAAACAGCGAGACAGAACAGAGGACAGUGCUGGCGGUAGAAGCAGCAAUUUGCAGGCGACAAAUAAUAAAUCUACUCAUCAGUAGUUGUUCCAUCCAUUAUACUCAUACCGUUCACCAUUUUCUGUAUAUAUAGUGUUGUUUUGCGACAACCACAGGGAAUGAAUGCUUCCUGUCAGGAAGCCAGAGAUUUUGUUUUUUGGAUGUCUUUCUGUGACAUAUUGAUAUAAUGUGUGAUGAUUGUUGACUUGGAUGCAGAUGAAGAUCUUGAUAAAAAAAGAUAUAUUGAAUA